AUGAACUCGCAUUGUGUAAGCGAAUCACUCAGCGACGUUCUUUUUAUAGACCUCGUAGUGCACACUGAGAUAUCUAUCUAUCUAUCUAUCUAUCUAUCUAUCUAUCUAUCUAUCAUCACUCACUUAUAUAUACUAUAUACAGAGACGGCUUAUGGCUAUAUUCCCCUAGCUCAGUCUGUCCAUAUCUAUCUAUCUAUCUAUCUAUCUAUCUAUCUAUCUAUCUAUCUAUCUAUCUAUCUAUCUAAUGAGGAUGUAGAAAAAGGACACGUAAAUAAAUAUAUAUACUCGAUGAAUUACUUAAUUAUGAUUAUUUCAAAUACUACUAAUAAUUUAUAUCUAUCUAUCUAUCUAUCUAUCUAUCUAUCUAUCUAUCUAUAUAUGAAUCAAAAGAGAGAAGAGAAAUCACCGUUCCUGUGCAGAAAAAAAAGAGAAAUGGACAAUAUUGAAAACAUUAAUGAAACUAUACCUACACCAACAACUCCAGGACCUCCACCUUCUCUAUCUGAUGCUGAUUCAAACGAUACUGAUGAUGAAUUAUUAUGUAAAGAAACAUCAAUUGACAAAAUAGAAUGUACUAAAUACGAAGAUUUGAAAUACGGAGAUGCGAAAAUUCUUAAUGAAUUAGAGAUUGCCGAUGAGAAGAUAUAUAUGGCCGUGUAUCAGUUCAUCGAAGAUGAAUUUACAUUGCCGAAACAUCAUCUUCCGAGAUUGGUACAUACAAUUGGAGAUGAUACAUCAUUAAGAGUUAACGAUGAUUUCCAUGAUGCUCAUGAUCAUGAUAAGGUCUUAAUUGCAGAAAGUGCCAAGAAAUUCUUAAACUUUAUUCGACUUAGAUAA